GUGCAACGAUAUAAAUAUACAAGGUAAAGAUCCUAUAAUAGAGAUGUUCCCUGCCUUUAAGUACACAACGGCAUAAAGGGGCAACAAUAUAAAUAUAAACAGGCGAUAUAAAUGUGCUAUAAUACAAAUGCAGCGAUAUGAUCAUGCAACAAUAUAAAGACAAACACGCAACGUGAAGGUGCUACAAUACAAAUGCGCACCGCAGGCAUUUAUAAUUGUCACAGGGAAGAUCAGAAGUAAUUCCUUUGCUUUCCCUUCUAUUAUCUUUUUUUCCAUGCUCCCUUUCACUUUUCUCUUUCUAUCGGGUGGUUUUUCCCCCCUUUCCCUUUCUUUUGCAAAUUUCGACAAGGCAUGCGAGGCACAGAGGGGGCGUGGCCUCCCAUUCAUGUUCCUGUUGGCCCCUCCCUCUGUGGGCGUGGCUUGGAGGGGGCUUCCCUGUGAAAAGGGGACCCCCUUCCCAGCUGGAACAGCAGAGAUCCGCUGGGUUGCAGCAGAGACCAGAGAGAGAAGAAAAAGGAGGAGGAAGAGGAGGAGGACAACGACAAAGUCUCCAGACAUGGCUUCUGAGGAAUGUUCUCUCUUACCUCAGGGUGAGAAACUGUACAGCGGGAGGCUGACCGGAACCAUCGACCCCAUUCUGGAGCAGCUCAACUCUUCCAUAGAGAUCGACCAGCGCUUGUCCGAGGUGGACGUCCAAGCCAGCAUCGCUUUCGCCAAGGCUCUGGAGAAAGCGGGCAUUCUGUCCAAAUCGGAGCUGGAGAAGAUUAUCGGGGGGCUAGAGAAGAUUUUGGAGGAGAUUUCUAAGGGUGAACUGGUGAUCCUGAAGACCGACGAAGACAUCCACACCACCAUCGAGCGCAGGCUGAAGGAGCUCAUUGGGGACGUGGCCGGGAAGCUUCACACCGGACGCAGCAGAAAUGACCAAGUUGUGACCGACCUGAGAUUGUUGUUGAAGAGCUCCGUCACUUUGCUGACCACUCUCCUGCAGCAGCUCAUCCGGACCCUAGUAGAGCGUGCGGCGACCGAAAUCGAGAUCAUCCUCCCCGGAUACACUCACCUGCAAAAGGCCCAGCCAAUCAGACUGAGCCAACUCUUACUCAGCCAUGCCGUGGCUCUGACCCGCGACGUCGAGCGACUCAGCGAGGUGAAGAAAAGGAUCAACGUCUUGCCUCUGGGGAGUGGAGCCCUGGCUGGCAACCCUCUUGGACUGGACCGUGAGCUCCUCCGCAAAGAGCUAGAUUUUGCGUCCAUCAGCAUCAACAGCAUCGAUGCCGUGGGCGACCGCGACUUUGUGGUGGAGCUUCUUUCUGCCGCUUCCCUGAUCAUGAUCCACCUGAGCAGACUAGCCGAGGACCUCAUCAUUUUGUCCACAAAGGAGUUUGGGUUCAUCACAAUCUCAGAUUCACUCUGCACCGGGAGCAGCCUGAUGCCCCAGAAGAAGAACCCAGACAGCCUGGAGCUGAUCCGCAGCAAGACCGGCCUGGUCAUCGGACGGACUGUUCAGCUUCUUGUGGUGCUCAAAGGACUUCCCAGUGCCUACAACAAAGAUCUGCAGGAAGAUAAGGAGGCGGUGCUGGAUGUGAUUGACACCCUGACCCUGGUCCUUCAGCUGACCAACACUGUGAUCUCCACUCUGACGAUCAACAAGGAGGCCAUGGAGAAGGCCCUCACCCCUGAGCUGCUGGCGACUGACCUGGCCAACCUCUUGGUCCGCAAAGGGGUGCCGUUCAGACAAGCGCACACCACUGUGGGGAAGGCGAUCCAGUUGGCCGAAAGCAAAGGGGUGGCAAUAACCCACCUCUCUGCGGAGGACCUCAAGAGCAUCAGCCCCUUGCUGAGCACGGAGAUCUCCCAGCUGCUGAGCCCCCAGAACAGCGUGGAGCAAUACACUUCGGCCGGCGGGACGGCCAAGAGCAGCGUGACCGCCCAGAUCGAGCUGCUGAAGGAGAUCCUGAAGAAGCAGAAGGAAUAAGUUUGGCGUGUGGGGAGAAGAAAAGGCCAGAGCCUCCAUGGCAGAGGAGGGCUUCUGCGCAUCAUGUUUAACCCAGAGUUAAUAAAUAUAGUGGUGUAUUGGAUUUCACUGAAAAA